AUGGAUUCCGACGAGAUAUUGCCGGAACCACGGGUUGUGGAGGAGAACCUGGAUGAGAAAUAUCCGAACCGCCCCCGCAACAGCUCCUCGACACUCCCAUUCCACGAGCUGUACCUGAACCUGUUCCACCCUCUCAGCCAGAUCAAAAAGAAACCAGCCACCACUGCGCCUUCAAGACGCAAGGUCGGCCCUCAUAAUAAAAGCGCGACACAAUUAAGCCCAUACGAGCUCCGUCGCGAUGUCAUCGCCCGCUUCAUUUCACGAUGGCGCAAAGAGGUCGGUAACGACAUUUAUCCAGCCUUUCGGCUGAUUCUGCCCGACAAGGAUAGGGACCGCCCUAUGUACGGUUUGAAGGAAAAGGUUAUUGGAAAGAUGCUCGUGAAGAUCAUGAAGAUCAACAAGGAAUCAGAGGAUGGCUACAAUCUGUUGAACUGGAAGCUACCAGGACAGUCUUCGACACGCAUGGCCGGAGAUUUUGCAGGAAGGUGCUAUGAUGUCCUUUCCAAACGGCCAAUGAGGACAGAACCGGGGGACAUGUCUAUCGAGGAGGUAAAUGAGAAGCUGGACAAGCUAGCCGCAACUUCGAAGGAAGACGAGCAGAUUCCCAUCCUGGCCGAGUUCUACCGGCGCAUGAACCCAGAAGAGCUGAUGUGGCUCAUUCGAAUAAUUCUGCGCCAGAUGAAAGUCGGAGCGUCGGAGCGCACGAUGUUUCACAUGUGGCAUCCAGACGCCGAGAAUCUGUACACCGUCUCUAGCAGCUUGCGGCGCGUGUGCUGGGAGCUGUAUGACCCUAAUAUCCGACUUGAAGCAGCGGAUCGUGGCAUUACACUAAUGCAGUGCUUCCAACCUCAGCUGGCUCAGUUCCAGAUGCAUUCGUUCGACAAAAUGAUUAUGCGAAUGCAACCUACAGAGGAAGAUCCUGUGUUCUGGAUUGAAGAGAAAUUGGACGGCGAAAGGAUGCAGCUCCACAUGGCCCCUGACGACACGAUCGCGGGUGGCCGAAGAUUUGCAUUUUGGUCUCGAAAAGCGAAGGAAUAUACAUACCUCUACGGAGAAGGGAUAUAUGAUGACAAGGGAGCUUUGACGAGGCAUUUGAAAGAUGCGUUUGUGGAUGGGGUGCAAAGUCUCAUUCUGGACGGUGAGAUGGUUACCUGGGAUCCUGAGCAAGAUGCUCCUGUGGCCUUUGGCACGCUGAAAACCGCGGCAUUAGCUGAGCAACGGAAUCCAUUUACAACUGGACCUAGGCCAAUGUUCCGUGUCUUUGACAUUUUGUAUCUGAAUGGGGAAGACUUGACGAAGUAUACUCUUCGCGAUCGUCGCAACGCUUUAAAAGUUAUCCGCCCUGUUCACCGACGAUUCGAGAUUCAUCCUUAUCAAGAGGCGACCACGACUGCAGAAAUCGAGGCAUGCCUGCGAAACGUUGUCGCCGAAGCCUCAGAAGGUCUCGUGUUGAAGAACCCGCGAUCUCAAUACCGAUUGAACGAGCGCCACGAUGACUGGAUGAAAGUGAAGCCAGAGUACAUGACCGAAUUUGGCGAGUCGCUUGAUUUAGUCGUUGUGGGCGGAUACUACGGACAGGGCCAUCGUGGAGGCCAUUUGGGGAGCUUCCUAUGUGGGUUGCGUGUUGAUGAUCCCAAAUCUUCCCAGCCGAUGAAAUGCUGGUCAUUUUGUAGGGUUGGCGGAGGUUUCACUGCGGCUGAUUAUCAAGAAAUUCGGCAUCACACGGACGGCAAGUGGAUGAAAUGGGAUCCGAAGAAGCCUCCUACUGAUUUUAUCGAAUUGUCUGGUGGAGAUGCUCAAAAUGAAAGACCAGACAUGUGGAUCAAGCCAUCUGACUCGGUUGUCGUCUGUGUUAAGGCGGCCUCCGUUGGUGUCAGUGACAUGUUUCGCAUGGGUCAGACCUUGCGGUUCCCACGAUUUAAGAAACUCCGCAAGGAUAAGAACUGGAAAAGCGCGUUGUCUAUCCAAGAAUUUUUGGACCUUAAGUCCAAUGUGGAGCAAGAGCAUCAGGAGAAAGAGUUCAACAUUGAUAACUCGAGAAGGAAGCGCGUCAAGCGGACAGUAAAGAAACCUUUGACUAUUGCUGGGUAUGAUGAGAAGGACAAUGCGCAGUAUAUUGGGCCUUCUGGUCGUAUCUUUGACCAACUCAAUUUCUUUAUAAUGACCGACGCAAGUGUUCCAGAGAAGAAAUCAAAGGGCGAGCUUGAGCAGCUGGUAAAAGCCAACGGGGGCAAGAUAUAUCAGACCAACACCGCGGCCCCAAACACGAUUUGCAUUGCUGAGAGAAGGACCGUCAAGGUGGCUUCAUUGCUGAAAAGCGCAAACUCCAAUAUUGUGAAGCCAUCUUGGUUGAUUGACUGUGUCAAGCAAAACGAGAAGGAUGCAGGAUUACCGGACCUAAUCCUUCCCUUUGAGCCCAGACACAUGUUCUUCAUCAUGGAAGAUCGAGACGAAGAAAUCAACAUCAACGUCGACCCUUUCAACGACAGCUAUGCUCGCGACACGCACGUUGACGAGCUUAAAGAAAUCCUUAACCAAAUGGAAAUCACCCAACAGCAAAACAACAACCCUCUCGACCCACACACCCUCCACAAGGUCGAAUCUCACAUACAGACAAAGAUCGACUCAGGAUACACCGCACCCUGCGGCUGGCUCUUCCGUGGUCUUAGAUUUUUCUUUUGCUCACAAGCUCCCCAAGCCAGUGGACAAGAGACCUCUCACAAGACCCAAGUCGAGGACGCUGCUCUUUGCCUCGCGCGCAAUACUGCCAGAUUCGCAUCCGCGCAUAUCGCAACCUCACUCAAAGACCCGGACGUAACUCAUAUCAUCGUCAACACAAACACUUUGUCGCGGGAGGAUAUCGCUUCCCUACGGGGAUCGUUAGCUGCUAGACCCGGAAACAAGAUCCCGCAUCUCGUCUCGAUGGACUGGGCUCAAGAGAGCUGGAAGAAUGGGACGCUCUUGGAUGAGGAACGGUUCUCAGUAUCUCGAUAG